AUGGUCCUGUGGGGCACCGGGUUCGGCUUCGCCGGUCAGGGCGAAGAUGUUUCUUUGAAAUCGGACGCUAAAGAGGCAGAAAUGAAUGCAUCUGGGCCUGGCCAAGGGGCCGAAGAGGCGGGGGUGACGACAGAGGUGGGUGAAAGCGCUGCUGGGAGACCCCUUGCCCCAGACGCCAUUGACGCACCAACAAAGGAGUCGGCGAUGGCAACAGGCGUUGAAUCCGUGGGCGUCAAAAACCAAGAAGUGCCAAAUGUAUUGGAGGCAUCAGAUGACACAGCUGAGGGAAGGAGCAAACCUGCAGAAGCUGAGCAAAAGCCCGGCAUGAAGCCUCUUCAGAAGAUCUUUGCCAGUGAAUCGUUUGCGGCUCUCAGGCAUGCGGACAAAGUUGACAUUCAGCUGCUUUUUUGGGGGUGUAUCGCAAGCGUCGGCCUCGGAGUAAUGCUACCCGUCUUCUUUCUUGUUUUUGGUGGUCUCCUUGAAGAAAUGAGCACCACCCUGGACACUGAGUACUAUGUCCACUUCAUGGCUUGGUUAGGGUUGGUAGCGUUCGUGGCCGGUUCGAUUGCGACAGCAUGUUUUGAAAUCGUCGCCGAUAGGCAAGCCAAGGCAUUCAAAGAACGCUACUUCCAGGCGAUCGUCCGGCAGGAAAUGGCAUGGUUUGACCAGUCCAACGUCGGAAGUCUAGCCUCCCGCAUGGAGGCAAAUGUGGCUUCUAUUCGCAGCGGCGUCGGGCUGAAGCUGGCUAUG